UCCUAGUCAGUUCCGUCAGUUUGUUUAUCAAAUUUGAAGUCCGUGAAGACUGUUGUGCUAUUUUGUAUGAAGAAUUCUCCUUCGCCUAGGAUUUACAUUUUUGUUGCAUUUCACUGUAGACACUUCCGUAAAUGACAAUGUGGAAUUCGUCCAAUGUUGAUACAUCGACCAGAAGUCAAUUCGAAAUCAGCGUUACAGCUCUCAAAAAAUUUUACGGAAUCAAUGAAGUGUACAUAGAAGGAGCCCUCGAUGCCAUCGUAACGGGUUGUGUUAAGGAAUACUCAUUCACUGAAAACGAUAUGAAAUUCGGUGGUAUCGUCACAUCAUUUGACGGAAACGAAUCGUAUGAAGUGAAGAUUUAUGUGACUGAUGAUUAUGAGAUAGAAUCGGUAUCUUGCUCAUGCCCCGACGAAAUCUGUCAUCAUAUCGGUGCGCUGGCUUUACAUUCUGGGUUUAAGACUCCGCUGUUUUCCUAUUUACCACAGAAACGUACGGUUGAUGGUACUAGGUGUACCAAUACUGUUGCAGAUGAAUCGGACGAAAAAGGAAUUGAAUUCGUUCGAAUAAAGAGCAGAGAGGACUUUAUGGUCGAAAGUGAUGCCACAGAUAUCGACAGGAAUCCUAAGCAAAAUGCACAACCGAAAUCAAGGGUUAAACUGAUAACAACGAUAUACAUUUGCCGGAUAUGCGACAAAAUGUGUGCAGAUGCACAUCAAUUACAGAUGCACGAAGCAGAGGAGCACAACGCUGCCGUUGAUGAAAUCAGAAUCACGGCCUUUAUUUGCCGAAUAUGCAGGAAAAUGUUUCUCCAUUCGUUUCAACUGCAUGUACAUCAAGCCGAGGAGCAUACCGUUGGUUUCGAUACGAUUCCAGCUUCCGAAUCUUCACUGGUAGGCAGUCAAGUAAGGGAACGCUUUGAAACGACUUUAAGCGACUGGGUAUCUGAAUUAAAUGGAGAUUUUCAAUGACUGUGAAGGAGAUAUAGGGUGAACGGCCUAGUGAAUUGCGACCAUGAGCUACUUUUACUGAUUUGUACAUAUACGAGGGGAGAUAAUGAUAAGAUUUUUGAAUC